AACUGUGAAGUGUUUCACCCCAGCGCCCUCAGCGCGUCUGUAGUUGGCUUGCUGAACUUGCACAAACGGAUCUUCCAUUUGUUAUUUGGUGAUCGAUAUGUCUCACCGAAAGUUCAGUGCCCCUCGUCACGGUUCCAUGGGCUUCUACCCCAAAAAGAGGUCCAAGAGGCAUCGUGGUAAGGUCAAGGCGUUCCCUAAGGAUGACCCAUCAAAACCCGUGCAUUUAACCGCCUUCCUCGGUUACAAAGCUGGUAUGACCCACGUGGUUCGUGAAGCUGAUCGUCCAGGUUCAAAGAUCAAUAAAAAAGAAAUUGUGGAAGCUGUAACCAUUCUUGAAACACCGCCCAUGAUUGUAGUGGGCGUCAUCGGUUACAUUGAAACUCCUCAUGGUCUUCGCAGUCUCUGCACCGUUUGGGCAGAACACUUGGCCGAGGAGUGCCGUAGGCGCUUCUACAAGAACUGGUACAAGAGUAAGAGGAAAGCUUUCAGCAGCAAUGCCACGAAAUGGAAUGAUGCGCUUGGUAAAAAGGCCAUUGAAAAGCAGUUCAACAAAAUUAUCAAGUACUGCUCAGCUGUGAGAGUAAUCGCCCACACUCAGAUGAAACUGCUGAAGCAAAGGCAGAAGAAGGCUCACAUUAUGGAAAUCCAAAUUAAUGGCGGUACCAUUGCUGAAAAGGUCGCAUGGGCUAGAGAACAUCUGGAAAAGCCCGUCCCUGUCAAACAAGUAUUUGGCCAAGACGAGGUUAUUGAUGUUAUCGGAGUUACCAAGGGUAAAGGAUUCAAAGGUGUCACCUCAAGAUGGCAUACGAAGAAAUUGCCCCGUAAGACUCACAAAGGUCUAAGGAAAGUUGCCUGUAUUGGAGCAUGGCAUCCUUCCAGAGUGUCCUUCACGGUAGCCCGUGCAGGUCAAAAGGGUUAUCAUCACCGAACGGAAAUGAAUAAGAAAAUCUACAGAAUUGGUGCGGGUAUUCACACCAAGGACGGCAAAGUUAUCAAGAACAACGCUUCUACUGAAUACGAUCUUUCAGAGAAGACCAUUACCCCCAUGGGAGGAUUCCCGCAUUAUGGUGAAGUCAAUAAUGACUACAUCAUGAUUAAGGGUUGUUGCAUGGGGCCUAAGAAGCGUGUUAUCACUUUGAGAAAGUCGCUCCUUGUGCACACCAGUCGUAUUGCUCUGGAGAAGAUCAAUCUUAAGUUCAUCGAUACAGCUUCCAAAUUCGGGCAUGGUCGGUUCCAGACUCCUGCCGAUAAGGCUGCCUUCAUGGGUCCUCUUAAAAAGGAUAGGUUGAAGGAGGAGGCCAAAUCGACACAGGCUCCUGUAGCAGCCGCUAAGUAAUUAAGAUUCUUUCAACUGGGAUCUUUCAAAUAAAUGACUAAACAAAAAAUAGGUUUCUUCCUUGCUCCCU